AUGCGAGCAAUGGUGCGAGACAUUGGGCGGGGUCUUUUGGAGAAGAAAAAAGACAAGAAGAAUCUGAAAGAUCCUCCGCCACCUACAAUUUCUGCACCAAUUCCAAAAUUCGUUGCGCCACCUGAAGAAGCGGUGAUUCCGAUGAUGGAUGAACCAUCGACGACUACAGCUAAUUCUACGAAGAUUUUGGAGCCGACAACACCCAAGAAUUUGAGAAAGAAUUUGAAGGCAAAUGGAAGUGGACAACAUGGAAUGGUUAGACAGGAUUUGGCUGUGUAAGUGUUUUUGAAUGGGAAGUCUGAGAUUAUUACGGCUGGGUUUUCUGAUUUUUUUUUUUGAUGGAGAGAUUUUUGAAAAAUUCUGAUUUUGGAGAAAGUUCCGGCUGGAUUUCUAUAUUCUUCGUUUUUUUUUCUGAAAACUUUCGAAGUUUCUUCAUUCUGUGAUCUGUUAUCCGUGACCUCCGAUUUUUUUGAAUAUUUUUGAUUGCAAAUCUAGUUUUCCUUCAUUUUCCGAGUUUUUUUUUUCAAAAAUGUUGACUUUGAGUUAUGAUUUUCCAAAGUUAGAUGACCUUUUUCCGACACAAGGUUUUUUCUCUGAAAUUUCAGAUGAUUUCAUGGUCCUCUGUAAAUUUCUGAAAAUUUUGGUCCAGGAAUUUUUGAAAAACAUUUAUUUUGAAGAAAGUUAUAGAUGAUCUACACUUUUUUUUUGGAAACUUUUGGAAUUAUUUUUUUCUCUGAAAUUUCAGACGUGUUUUUUCUAGAGAUUUACUGCUUCUCUGUAAUUUUCUGAAAAUUUUGGUAUAGAAUUUCUUGAGAUAACUGGAUUUUAAGAUGAGUUAUGGGUGAUCCACACUUUUUUUGGAAAAUAAUUUUCAAAAAUAUUUCACUUGGAUUUUUCUCAUUGUAUCUCUCCAUUUUUUUGAACAUUUUUUUUCAAAAUUUUCUUCUGAAAAUUUUCAUACAUCUCGAUUUUCAGCCAAAACCCCAUUUCCAUCCAUUUUCCUCUCAAAAAAUUGCCAAUUUCCCACAAACCACCACAUAAUUGACUGUUUCAAAAAUUCUCCGUUUUCAAAACGAAACAAAUUUUUGCUUCGUCUUUUUUUUUCAAAAAUUCGUUUCGGCUUCACUGAUUUCAAGCUCUCCUCGUUUUCCUCUUCGCUUAGUUUGUCACAAAACUUUCGUCCCGUUUUUUGUGACUGACUCGUAAUUGAAUUUGUUUAGUUCUUUUUUUUCGCCAGAACAAGAACAAAUUGCGCCAUUUUUGGUGGUGGAAGUGCAAAAAAAUUGAACGGAGAAAGGAAAAAGAAAAAAUAGACUGCUUGCGCGCGGAAUCGAACUCGCGACCCCGCGGGGCAAAAUUCAACAUUUUACCUCUCGACUACACGCGCACAUAUUUCCAACGAGUAAAAAUUGUCAUUUUAUAAAGGCCACGCAAAAAAAGCAAAGAAAAAUCGUGAUGUCUGGUAAUUUGAUAUUUUUUUUUUGGUUGGCUGGUGCCCAGCUUUUUCCAUCAAACAUAUAGUAGUUGUGGACACAGCUCGAGCAAAAAAUGUGCAAAAAUAAUAAAAACAACACAUGUUUGAAUGGGGGGAUUGAAUAUUUGAUAGUUUUCAGCGUUUUGAAAUUCUUAAUUAAUAUUUGACUUAUGAAUUGGUGGUUGGAGCAUUAGAGAUUGAAUUUGACUUUUUUUCAGCAUUGAAUUGCUCAGAUUAUUGAUUCUGGAGCAUUUGAGCCCAAAUACGGUUGUGUUUGGUCUCAAAAUGCUCCAAAUUUAUUCUAUUUUCGUCCCAAAAACCCGAGAAAAAAUUAAUGAAUUUUUGAUUGUCUCCAUCUUCCAAUAUAUGAAAAAUAUAUGUAUUUUUUUCGAAAAAAAAAAUAAUAUUUUCUUGUUUUUUGUGUUGUGUCUGACUUGUCUUCUGUCACUCACACCAUUUCAUUCAUUCAUUCAUUGAGCAAAAAAAAACAGAUUCCUCGGGGACAAUUCUUUUUUCGGAAAAUUUCCAAGAUUUAUUCAUUUUUCCUCUUUUUUUCUUUUCCGGAACAAAAACACCUGCUUUUUUGCGGUUUUCAAAACAAUUAUUUGUAUGUGGAAGGAGCUUCCGAGAAAAAAAAACGAGGAAAAAUAAAUAAAAUUCGUAUUUUUUUUUUUUGGUUGGUUAGAUUGAUGUAGUAGUAUGUGAAAUUGAAAUGAAUAGGGAAUACGAAAAUUGGAAAUUGUGAAGAGAUUUGAAGCAUUUUGAGAUCGAAUAUGGGGAAUUUUUGGAUCAAAAAUUUUGGAAUUUUUAGGUAUUUCUGAAAAAAAUAAGAGAUUUGGAGCAUUUUGAGCCCAAACAUGCUCAUAUUUGGGCUCAAAACGCUCCGAAUUUCCUGACUUCUCUGCGUCUCUCUCUCCCUCUUCUCUAUGUUUUUCGAUUUGUCUAAAAAAUCCCAAAUUUUCCCACGCUCCUUAAUUUUUCAAAGCUUCUCUCCAAAAAAAAAAAACAAAAAACACCAGAAAACAAAAACACGGUCUCUCUAUUUCUCUGCGUCUCUCGUCUCUCUAUUUUUAUCUAGUUUCAAAAAAUCCCAAAAAAUGCGAAGAAAAAGAAGUAGAAGUCAACCCACUUAAUCCGCUCUCGAUUUAUUCGAGUUUCGAUAAAUCCCUCGGGGAUUUUUUUGAAAACUGGGUGGGUGGAAAAUUCGGGUGUACUACUACAUUUACUCUAUUUACAAACAAAUCCGAAUUUUUCGGGGAUUCAAAAAUACGCAGUGCCACGUGGCAGAUUUUGGUUUGAAAUUUGAUUUGAAUCAGACAAUUUCGGCAUCAUAAUAAAAUUUGAAAAUGAGAAUUUUUAUUACAAAAAUGUUGAAACAGUGAAAAAAUAAAAUUUUCUGAAAAUGUGGAUUCUUGUCACGUGGCAAAAAGUUUUUGUAGCUGAAAUAUCGAUGUCACGUGGCACCAGCAACUUAGAGAAAAAUAUGCAACUGUCGCUAAAAAAUUUGCCAACGAAAAUUCGAAAAUUUGAAUUUUUUAUAGAAAAUUUUUGAAACAGUGAAGAAAUUUUUGUGGGAAAUUUGAUUUCUUUUAGAAAUUGAACUUUUAAUUUCCAUAUUUUGACAAAAUAUCUAAUCUGAGCAAUGUUAAUUUUUUGUUGAAUUCUGCAGAUUUUCCACCCACAAGGUCCUGGUUCGAUCCUCACUGCCCGCUGUUCAUUUUUGCCUAAAAAUAAAAAAAUUUGCAUUUUUGAGAAGUUUUACAAUUCCCACGAUAUAUCUGACCUGAGCAAUGUCUAAAAAUCUCUAAAAUUAUUACCCACAAGACCAUGGUUCGAUCCCCACUGCCCGCUACUUAUUUUUUGCACAAUUUUUUCGACUAGUCUAGUGAGAAAAUGCAAAUCUCUUCUCUCGGGUUUUUCUUCUGGAAAAAGUGAAAGCUGUGCUGUGCUGUGUGUGUGUAUUUCGGGUCCCGCGGGGAUUUCAUUCGUUUUUUUUGUGUUGGACAGAAAAAGCAAAAAAGAGAAAAAUGUAUGGAUUUUUCUCAUUUUUUUUGGCUGGGCUCAGAUGUUGUGCAAAAAGUUUAUGUGCUACUAGAUUUUUUAAUUGAAUCAAACAUUUGAGUUAGCCUAUAUUCUCUUUUCUUUUUUUUCAGAAAAGUGUGUGUACAUUGUAAAAGUGAUCGAGCGGACCACGAAUUGCCACCAAAUCAAGCUUUGAACGUUUAUAAUCGUCUUGGAAUUCAACCGCCAGGUUAGUUUUUGGGCAAAUUGGGUGUUUUUUUUGGGAGUAAAUUUCAAACACGAACAUUUUGAAAAUAAGUUUCUGAAUUUUGUGCAUUUUUUGAAACAGUGAAAAAAAUUUGAAAAUUUAAUUUUUUUUUCUGUACUGAUAAUUUAUGCCACGUGGAUUAUUAUUUUCUAAACGUUUGUGAGUUUUGUUGAAACGUAAAAAUUAGGUAAAAUUUGUGAAUCUGAAAUUAAAGAAAAAAUGACCUCAUCAAUUUUGAUGAGGACUUCAUUUUUUGGCAUUUUGAAAAAAUAUUUCUGAAUUUUUAUACAUUUUUUUGAAACAGUGAAAUUUUUUCUCUAGCUCCAAGUUUCACUAUAAUUAAUUCAUUAUUACAAAAUUGUUAUGCCACUAUUGUUUUCGAAAUUAUUUUCAAAAAUUUUGUGAAUUUUUUGAAACAGUGAAAAUUUUCAAAAAUCAAUUCUUCAUAAUUCGAUUAUUUUUGGACCUCAAAAAUCAAUUCCACGUGGCAAAAUUUUCAAAAUUUCAAAUUUUCGGAACCAAACCACAUCCCCAUUUUUUCCCACCUUGACCUAAUUGAUUUUCUAGCAAUAAUGCCUCAAUCAGCUGCUGAACCAAUCGAAGCACCUGGUUCUGUUGGACAUGGAUAUGCUUGGGUACCACCUGGUUUGUCGAGAAAAAAGGUUAGUUUAGUUUUGGGUGGGCUAGAUUUGCUGACGCAGUUUGAUUGCGGGUAAGGCCUGGAAAAAAUUGUGUUGAAAAUUCUAUCGUAGGUUCUCUGAAUUCUUGUAGAUCAAAUUUUUUCGGCGCCAAAAUUUCUCUGAUUUUAUUUUUCUUGCGCGCUCCACACUUUUUUUUAUCAUUCUUUGAUCUUCUCACGAUUUUUCGACACUGCAACAAAAAAUCUCAUCACUUUUUUGUCUGUUUUAUUAUUUGCUCUAACUUUUUUUUCUGCUCGUUCCGAAAAAAUGUUGGUAAAAAGAAAAGAGAAAUGAGAAGCACACACCCAAAAGUUAUUUUUUCAUAACAUUUUGAAAUAGUGGAAUUUUUGGCAUGUGGAUUUGAUUUACAGUAACUUUUUUAAACGUUUUUGAAAUGAUUUUUGCACUAAAAAUUGCCACGUGGAUUUGAUUUACAGUAGUUUGAAAAAUACUCUGAAAAUUUGAUCUACCAGAAAUUUCGACACUACAGUAAUCUCCACCCUUUUUUCCACGUGGCACAAUUUUCCAAAAAAAAAAAACUCUUUCUUGGAUUUUUUCAUUGAAACAGUGAUUUUUUUGAACUUGGCAAAUAUUUGAGCGAAAUUUGCAUAAACAAACUUUAAAAAAAAAACGUUCCAAAAAUUUGUUGCAAUGUUUGUUUUUCGGUUUUUUGGUGCUGAAUUUUGAAAGGUACUGUAUGUGAAUUUUCUUGAUCUACUAGAAAUGUGUAAUUUCCUACAGUUACUCUCGUUUUUCAGUUUCGAAAUUUUCAAAUUUUUUUUUGAAUUCCGUAUUAAUUUUUGACACGUGGAUUUUUGUUCACUGUAACUUAGUUUUGGAAAAUUUAAAGAAGUUUUUGAUCUACCAGAAAUUCAGAAACUACAGUAAUUCUGAUGUUCCCGCCAAAUUAUCCACGUGUUCCAAAAAUUCCCCAAAAAUACAUUUUUUGCUCAUUUUUUUCUCGAGCUGCUCAUUUUUCAAAAAAUGUGCUAAUCUAAUUUACAAACAUUCUAUUUUCUCAUCUUUUUUGUGAUUGUAUUUUUUUCGCUGUGUACUUCUCGUGGACUUUUUUUUCGAGGCUGAAAUUUUCUCUAGAAAUUUUUUAAAUCUGAAAUUUGAAAAAAAAAUGAAAAAAGUUAUUUUUCUGAAAAUGUUCGAAAAUUAUUAUUCUUCCUGUUUAUUUUUCUUGCCCUCUCUUUUUUCUGCUGAAAUUAAAUCUGAAAUUUUCUAGCUCUCUUUGAAAAAUGUUAGUUUUAUCUGAAAAUAUGUUGGCCGAUCCAUUGAUGCACUGUUUUUUACGAAAUGCUGCCAAUUUUUUUGGAUCAAGGAAAAAUGUUGAGUGGAUGAUUGAUGUAAGAAGAAACUAUGUGAAUUGAAAUUAUGGGGUUCUUGACGCGAAAUGUACUGUAGAUUGAGAAACGGCGCGAAAAGUCAAUUUCAUUUUUUGAUCUAUUGAAUUUAUGAUUCGGAUUUUCCGUGAAAAUCAUUUUCUAAUUUUGGGAAAAAAUUCAUGGACCAUUAAAAUUCAAUUUUCUGCGCUAAUACUUGAUCUACAAAAAAACCAAAUGCCAAAAAAUCAUUGGGACCCAACUAUGUUCUACAGUACCCUUAUCUCCAUGUUUUUUCCAGGUCGAAGAAUAUAUGUCACAACUUCCCAACAAUACAGUACCCCGAACAAAUUCGACUGGCGAAAAAUUGCGCGAAAAACAACUAUUAUUACAAUUGCCACGUCAAGAUUUGUCAGUUGCCUACUGUAGACAUUUGAAUACACAAACUGAACGAAAAGUUUAUGAAGAAUUUGUGAAUGCGAGAAAUGAGAUUGCACUUGAUAUUGGAUAUGUUUCAUCGAAUAUCAAUAAAGCUAUGGUAAGUUACUGUAGUUUUUGGGAUUUUUCGUGGAAUUUGAAGCAUUUUGACACCCAACAUGCCUGGGUUACUGUAAAUUUGAGCUUUUUCGUGGUGAGACCCGAGUUUUUUUGGUGUCAAAAAACUCGGAAUUUAUUGGACUUUGAGAAUAUUGAUAGGAAAUUCAAUAGGAAAAACUACGGUAUAUAUUUUCUCCGAGAGAAGUAUUUUACAAAAAUAAUUUUCGAUGUCGAGUAAGCAUUUCAAUCAGUUUUUCAAAAAAUCUCACAAAUUUAUGUAUUUUUUGAAACAGUGAAAAAAUUUUUUAUAAUGUUUUCUCUUUGGAGGUACUGUAAUUGGUUAUACGGUAUUUAUUUCGAAUUUUUGAUAAGAUUUUAGGAUUCUACAUAAAAUUCUGAACUUUUUGACACCUAACAUGCCUGGGUUACUGUAGAUUUUUCGUGAUGGGACCCAAAAAUUUUAACCUAGACUUGUUAGGUGUCAAAAAAUUCGGAAUUUCAUGCUGAUUUUGAAUUUUAAUAGAAAAUAUGCUUGGGUUACUGAAUAUUUUUUCUCCGAGAGAAGAACACGAUUUUGUUUUUGAAAAUUUUUGAAAUAGAAUUCUAUUUCAAAAAUUUUCAAAAAAAUUUUAUUAAUAAAUCAUCCAAUCAAUUUUUUUUAAACUUCAAAAAUUAAUGAUUUUUUUGAAACAGUGAAUUUUUCAAAAAUAAUUUCGUGUAAUUCUAUCGUAGUAUUAUUUUGAAUCUCAAAAAAUUGAAAUUUCAUUCUUAUUUCAAUUUCAUAGGUUUUAUCUUGAAAUUUUGAGUUUUUUGACACCAAAAAUGUCUGGAUUACUGUAUAUUUUUCGUGCCAGGACCUAAACCCUCUUUAUUAUUCGAUAUCACAAAAAAUCCCCCCAAAUAUUUGUUUUUUUUGCAGGAAUGUCACAAAUGUUCGGGAAUUCUCGAAUCGAAUGAAAUGGCUGUAAUUGCACCAAAACUUGGCGAAUCAGCCGGUUGGCAUCCAGCUUGUUUCACUUGUCAAACUUGCGAACAACUAUUGGUCGAUUUGACGUAUUGCGUGAAGGAUAAUCAGAUUUUCUGCGAACGACACUACGCCGAAUUACACAAACCACGUUGUUCGGCUUGUGAUGAGGUUAGUUGAUUGGGUCUCGCAGCGAAAUUUGGAGUAUUUUGAGUAUAAAUAUGCCUUGGGUCUCGUAGCGAAUACAGUACCCUGGGCAUGUUGGGUGUCAAAAAAUUCAGAAUUUCACGUGGAAUCAAGUGACAUCGGAUUCAGCAUAAAAUUUAGAGUUUUUUGAGACCCAACAAGCCCCAUUAUGGGUGAAUUUUGGGUCCUGUCACGGAAACUGGGCUCUCUACAGUAACCUAGCUUUAUUUAGUAUCAAAAUAACGAGAAUUCCAAGAGGAAUCUGAAAAUCCCUGAGUACUGUAUCUCCAUCUACAGUACCCUAAAACCUACCUACUGUAUAUUAUGGUACGUCAUUUUUUCUCACCAAAAAAAUCCAAAACUUCUCCUCGGAAACAUUCGUUUGUUAAGCCGCUUAUAUCUAACUAACCGUUCGCCUGUUCUCAUUUUUUCCCGCAUUUUCGUGCAUUUUCCCAAAAUCUACAGUAACCCUGGCUAAUUUUUUGUGACGGGGGCCACGUAGAUCAAAACUUUCCCAGGUUAUAAUUUUUUUGCUGAAAUCGAAAUAAAACCAACCAACAAUAUUUUUGGUGGGAAAUGUAAACAGCGCGCGCAUUUUUCGUUUUUUUUUUCUAAUAAAAUUUAAUUUCCAUGUCCCACAACACAAGAAAAAAUUGGAGAAAAAAAGAAAAAAGGCCCAGUUGCUCUUUUUUUUGUUCAUUCACAUGAAAAAAUGUGAUGAUACAAAUCUCCCCUUUUUUUGUAAACUCAAUGCUUUUCUUUUUCCGUUUUUCUUUUGUUUAUAUAUUUUUUGGCACCAAAAAUGGUGUUUUCCCCCAUUUUUUCCUUUCAAAACUGCGCGCUUAUCUUGGCAAAUUGAGCUCCGUUUCUUGUGCGUCUCGUGGUGCAGUGGUUAGCUCGCGCGCUUUUCAAUCCGUCAGCUGCGUUUUGCUGGGUUCGAGGUCGGCUGCCUGCAAACAUUUUUUUUUGCGCUUUUGAGAUUUCAUACGUCAUUAAAAAGAGAACGGAAGUUUGGCGUGACUUGAACUCAUCAAUUUAUCUAUCCUCCAGCUCUAUCCCAAGUUUUUUUUUUUGAAGAAAGCAAAAAAGAACAUAUAUUUCACAGUGAUUUAUACUUCUAACCAAAUAAUGUGCUCUUUUUCAUGUUUUGUGAUUGAGAUGAGCUUUGUUUUCGGAUUUCGGAUCAUUUUAAGUUUAAAGGGAGGACAUUUGGAAAGCCAGAGAGAAAAGAAGAAGAAAUAUUACACAUUAUUUUUCGACCACAUCCCACACGAUAUGUAUGUGUUGUUUAACACACACACACAUUUUCAAAAAGAAUAAAAGUAUUUUGAAAUUUAUCGAUUCAGUUUUUUUGUGGAUUAUUGUUUUUUUUUCGUCUUCUGAUUUUCCUGUCUUACAUUAUUGACAUGUUCUUUUGUGAAAAAAGACAAAAAAACUGUGUCAUCAUCAAAUAAUUGCUUUUUGUUGUUUGUUUUCCGGAACUCUUUAUUCUCAUAUUUCUUUGGUGUUUUUCUAGAAUUGACAUAGCUUUUAGUUAAUUCUGAUAAGUAAAAAUAAAAAAAACAAAAAUGUUUGCGCCCGCGUGGAAUUGAACCCUCGACCUCUCACGCAAAACGCAUUAGUGUUCACCACUCGACCACGCGUCACCUUUUUCUCACACCUCAAAUUGUCUAGAUAAUAAGCGCGAUGACAAUUUCAAAAUGACGUGCUGUUUUUCUUUCAAAAAUCUCCCCCCACCAAUAAAAUAUAAAAAUGUGGUGUAACUUUUCCAAAGUUUUUUGCGCCUUAUGGGAAUUGCUCUUGCUUGACACAUCCCCAUAUUUUUUUUGUCUCUCGACUUUUUGGUGAGAAAAAAUGGCGAAAAGCAGAAAUAUAUACACAAAAAUGUGUAUAUUUUUUGUGUUGCUUUUUGACUUGACUCGCCUUUUUUUGUCUUGGUUUUUGAAAAAUAUUUUAUUUUCAAUGAAAAAUGGGAAAUAUUAGGAGAUUUCUGGUUUUUUCAAAAAAUUCUGAAAACUUUCAUCGAAACAGUGAAUUUUUAGAGCAAAAACAUUGAUUUUUUAAAUUUGAAAUUCUCGCGUCAUUUUGAAGUUUUUUUUCCUUCGCCAAAAAACACUCACCACCCCCAAAAAUCAUCUAAAAUUCCACCCAGAAUUUCGAAUUUCUUGAGACAUGCCACGUGGAUUUUUUGGCUCCAAUAUUGAAUUUGUUCCUUUUUUUCUUCCCAAAAAAGUACAUAAAUUUGCCCUUUUGAUAUUAUUUUUUUUCGGUAUUAUCCCAGAAAAUUGGUGUUUUUCCCCAAACAAAAAAAUGCGAUUUUUUUCGAAUUCCAAGCAAUUAAAUAAAUGGCUCCAGCAUUUUGUGAAAAUUGCUUUUUUGAACAAAAAAUGUCCGAAUUUUUUUUCGAAAUUUUGCGCUGAAAAUUUUCAUAAAUUCUGGAUUCCAAAAAACAUUUUUUCCAUGUUCAGUUGAGCAUUAAUAAUUGCUCAAAGAAGCUUUUUGUGAGCCCAAAAAAUUUUGAAAAUCGAUUUUUCACCCCAAUUUUCUCUGCCAAAUUUCGAUCUACCAGAAUUCCAAAAUCAUUUUUUUUCAAUCAAUAAUUUUUGCAGUUAAUUUUCGCUGGCGAAUAUACAAAAGCGAUGAACAAGGAUUGGCACAGUGAUCAUUUUUGUUGCUGGCAAUGCGAUCAAACAUUGACUGGGCAAAGGUGGGUCGAAGGGGAGGGGUCUAGAACACAGCGAAAAAUUGCUUUUAUCAUCGAAGGUGAAAAAUCCUACAAAAAAAUAUGGAUUUUUUGAAACAGUGGAUUUUUCUGAUUUUGAAAAAUAGGAAUCGGAGCUCUUCAUACAAAUGGAAUUUUUAAUGCAUUUUUUUGAAAGCAAAAAUUCACUGUUUCAAAAAAUGUAGAUAUUUUUGACAAUUUUUGUAAUUUUGAUUUCGCUCAAUGUCUCUGUUUCAUAAUUAUUAUUAAAUUUCAAAGUAUUUCAUUGAAAAAUUCCAGACAAUAAUUGGAUCAAAUUAGAAUUUUCAGAAAUUUUCAUAUAUCUGAAAAUUUUGAUUCUGAAAAGCUGACAAGGAAAACAUUUCUUGUUUUGGAAUAAAAAUUACAUGUGAAUUUCAUCUGAUGAGAAAGAAUCAGAAUCAAAAUUUCAAAAAAUCUUCAAAAUUUUAUUGAUUUUUUGAAACAGUUGAUUUUUUCUAUAACGGUUUUUUUUUGAAAAUCUAGAUUUUUUGAGAGCAAAUAAUUUACUGUUUCAAAACAUUUCGAUAUUUUUCUACAUUUUGUGGAGUUCAAUGCUAAUCUCGUGGCUAAUUUCGAAAAAAAUGCUGAUGUGGAUUUUCAAAAAUUCACUGUUUCAAAAUUUUUAUUUGUUUUUUUAAAUUUCUACAUUUCUUAUUCUACAGAACGUUUACAACAUAUCGUUCACAGUUCUAAUUACAAAAUAAAUAAUAAUUAAAAAUGAUUCUUAACAAAUUUAUUCAAUUAACUAAAGCUAAUUAAUUAAUUUUGCAGAUAUAUAAUGCGAGAUGAGCAACCAUACUGUAUCAAAUGUUAUGAAGACGUGUUUGCAAAUCAAUGUGACGAGUGUGCAAAACCAAUUGGAAUUGAUUCAAAAGUAGGUUUAGAGGCUCUUUUCAGGCCCUUUUUUUACCCCCAAAAACUCUUUAUUUUUUACCUUGUUUACCUUAAGAAUUACUAAACGUUAAUCCGAAACAAGUGAUUUUUUGUGUCACAAACUCAAAAAUUGUUUUCUUCUCACAGGACCUCAGCUACAAAGACAAGCAUUGGCACGAACAUUGUUUUUUGUGCAGUAUGUGCAAGAUUUCGUUGGUCGACAUGCCUUUUGGAUCGAAAAAUGAUCGAAGUUAGUUGGGGUUUUUCUGGGGGGAGGUGGUUUUGGAGCCAAGCAUCAAUUUUUUAAAACCCUAAAAGUUUACUGUUUCAAAAAUGUAUGAUUUUAUUUUUGAAAUUUUAAAUUUGCUAAUUUUUUCGGCAUCAGCGUGAAAAAUUUCAACAAAAAUAUUUUUUGAAAAAAUUACUGUUUCAAAAAAGUUUUACAUUUUUAAACUCAAUUUAAAUUCCCGAUCGGUUAAUCAUAUCAAAACCAUUUGCCACGUGGAUUUUUUAAAAAAAUUUUAUCUCAGAUGACGUGGCAAGUUCACUGAUUUUUACAUUAAAAUUUGAAAAAAAAAUUUCUGCUUCAAAAAAAGUUAACUGUUUCAAAAAUUUCGUAAAUUUUUGAGAUUGUUUUCAAAAAAAUCCAGGUGGCAAAAUGCUUGGUAAUAGCUGAUUAUUGAACAUUUUUUCAAGAAAUUGAAAACUUAUAAUUUUUUGAAACAGUGGAAUUUUAUCAUUUUUUUUGGAUUUUUUUCCACGUGGCACAGAAUUUCCAUUUUUCUAUGAUUAUUUUUUUUUGAAAAAUUGGUAAUUUUGCCACUUCAUCAAAAAUUAGCUCCAAGGAAACCCACGUGGCGAAAGAAACACUGAAAAUUGAAAAAAAAAAUCGAAAAUUAAGAAUUGUUUUGAAACAGUAAUUUUUUUGCUCCAAAAAUUCAAAUUUGCCCCAAAAACCCUUCAACAAAAGUUUUUUGCAGUUUUUUGCUCAAAUUGUUACGACCAAGCAUUUGCGACACGUUGUGACGGAUGUAAUGAGAUUUUCCGAGCAGGUUUGUUGUUUUUUUUCGGGAUUUUUCUCUUAAUCAGAUUUUUUUUCUGUGUUAAAAGGGUCUCUUUUUGAAGUUUUCUUGUCAUUUUCUUACCAAAAAAAAACAUCGAAAAAAUCUGAAUUUCAGGAAUGAAAAAAAUGGAGUACAAAGGAAAACAGUGGCACGACAAAUGUUUCUGUUGUGCUCAUUGUAAAGUCGCCAUUGGCACCAAAUCAUUUAUUCCCAAAAACGACGACGUUUUUUGUGGACCGUGUUAUGAGGAGAAAUUUGCGACGAGGUGUAGUAAAUGUAAAAAGGUUAGUGUGGGAUUUUGGUUGAAAAAUUUUCACUGUUUCAAAAAAUGGAUUUAACAAAAUUGAAAUUGAAUUUCAACAUUUUUGCUUGACGGUUAUAUCUCAAACUUUAAUUGAUGUUCUGUAACAUUUCCACGUGGAUUUUAAGAACGAAAUUCUUAGCAAAAAAUCCACGUGUCAAAAAUGUGCUAUCAAAACAUUUUUCUUUUUGUGAAAAAAAAACAGUGAAAAAUGAAGAAAACUUUUUUCUUCAUAAAUUGUAUUAAAUUUUCCACUGUUUCAGAAAUUUCAUUUGAAAUUUACGUUUUCAAAAAAUUUGAUCAUAUUGGUCUCUUGUCGAGAUUAAAAAAUGAUUAAACUGAGAAAAUCCACAUGUAUUUUUAGUAUAAAAUUUUCAGUCCAAAAAAUCCACGUGGUAAAACUUUAUUUCUUUUUUGAAACAGUGAAAAAGGCAAUAACAUUUUUUCUAUAAUUUUCAAGCCGAAAAGUCUACCAUUUUGAAAAAAAAAAGUUUUCAAUUUUCUUACUGUUUCAAAAAUUCUGUGAAUAAUUGAUAGAUUUUAGAUUUUUGAUAUAUUAUUUAUGUAGUGAAAUUUAUCUAAAAAUUAUUUUUUGAAAAAUUAUGCAAAUGUACUCUGUAGAACUAGGUUCAAGUGCGCUCCAUUGAUAAAACUAAAUGUUUCCUCAAUGUUUUCCUUCCAGGUAAUAACAGCCGGUGGUGUAACAUACAAAAAUGAGCCAUGGCAUCGCGAAUGUUUCUGUUGUACAAAUUGUAAUUCGUCGUUGGCCGGACAACGAUUCACAAGUAAAGAUGAAAAACCAUAUUGUGCAAAUUGUUAUGGAGAAUUAUUUGCAAAACGGUGUAAUGCGUGCACAAAACCGAUUACAGGUUGGUUUCGGGAUUGAGGGGGGAAAUAGGAUUUUGCGAGACUAGAAACUCAAGAAAUAUCCGGGAAAUCAGAAAAAAAGUCUGAACUUAAAAAUAAUUCAAAAUUCUAAUGUUCCCCAUUGCCACGUGGAUUUUUGGCGCUAAAAUUCACAAGAAUUUCUGAUUAUCCUACAACAAUUUAAAUUUUUCGAAACAGUAAAUUUUCCUCUUGAAAAAAAUAGAUUUUUUAUUUUUGAAGUUUUCCCUGAACAAGUUUGGACGCAAAGAGAUUUAACUUUUAAGCCGAUAAAUUCAUUGCCACGUGGAUUUUCAGCUUUAUUAAAUUGUUAUAUUCGACUAUCUACACACGUAAUAAUAAAUAUGGCACUGAACAUUUUUUAAUCUGACUUUUUUGAAACAGUGAAUUUUUUUUGAAAAAAAAUUAAUUUCCAAUCUAUUUCUGAUUUUUACUAAACCAAUUUGGACUCAAAGAGCAAAUUUUAGACCGAAAAAUGCAGUGCCACGUGGAUUUUUACCUAUUGCUUAUUCAAUUUUUGAAUACAUACAUAGUUCAUUAGGAUAAUAACAUCGAAGCUAAACAUUUUUUAUAUCUAACUUUUUUGAAACAGUGAAUUUUUUUUUUGAAAAGUAAAAUUGAUUUUUACUUUUCUGGACAAGUUUAGGCUUAAAAAUCUUCAAAUUUUCGGGAAUUUAUUUGGGCUCAAAAAUUACUAAAAAUAAAUCAUAUUCGAACUGAAAAAGCUCCCCAGAACUCCCUAAAAAUCAAAAAAUUUCCAGGAAUCGGCGGUGCCAAGUUCAUCUCAUUCGAAGAUCGUCAUUGGCACAAUGAUUGUUUCAUUUGUGCUCAAUGCACAACUUCUCUAGUUGGCAAAGGUUUCAUCACCGAUGGCCACGAAAUACUGUGUCCAGAGUGUGCGAAAGCACGGCUCAUGGCUGCAAAUUCAUGA